AUGGCUACCACAUGGACAGGUCGCACAAUUGCCAUAACGGGAGGAGGCUCAGGCAUUGGCCUAGCUACCACACUGGCUCUGCUCAAUGCUGGCGCUAACGUAUAUGUCGCGGACGUCGCCCAAGCUCCAAAAGAGCUCGAGGGUAAGGCGAACCUGCACUAUGAUGGGAAUUGUGACAUCACAAAACGUGAAAGUUGCAAGAAGUUUAUUGACUCAAUACCCGGAAACCUCGACGGCCUUGUGAACUGUGCAGGUAUUUGCCCCGUCGAGGGUAAAAUGGCUCCCGAUGAACUGUUUGCUCGGAUCCUGAGUAUCAACGUCACGGGUUCCUGGAAUAUGGGUACAGAAGCGAUUCAGAGAAUGACUCAACAGAAAGGAAGUUCAAUUGCAGGAAUCUUGCCCGGGAGUGAAAGAACUCUCGGAGCUGGUGUCAUCGUCAACAUCGCCAGCGGUGCCUCUCUCCGUGGAAUUGCCGGGCUGGGCGCGUAUUGCACUUCUAAGCAUGCCGUCCUGGGAAUGACACGAUCAUGGGCUAAGGAAUGGCCCACCCUACGAGUGAACGCGAUAGCUCCAGGCGAGCGUGACAGACACACCACUAUCAAGAGGGGCGACAAGUAA